AUGUACCUACGUAGUUUUGUUUGCGAAGCCCAGGAGCUUCUGGGGCUCGAUGCCGUCGAACCAUACGGCCCUCGCAUGAUGGGCGAAACUGAGCAGUCACCCCGAAGACGUCACAUUCUCUCCUCUAUCAACCCAGAGAAACCUCGAAGCAGCAGGAGGAGGAGGAGUCAGUCACCAAACCUCCGGUCCCCAGUUGACGUCAGGAGAGAGUCCUCGCUUGAUGCGACACUAGAAACAGAGAGCGCCAGCGCCCAUCUCAGCGAUGGCGGGAAGGAUACCACAGCUCCAAGGCGUUCCCGUCUUCGGCUGAAGGAUCGUCAGAGAUCCUGUCGCAGCUCACGAGACCAGCGUCGACAUCGGCAUCGAGAUCAUGACCAAGAUAACGCGGAGGAGGAGGAGGACUACAGGCGAUCGCGUCGCCGUCACCACCGACACCGUCGACAACAUCGCUCACCUACACCACAAAACCCUCAUGAACCGGAGCCUUUAGACCCUGAAGCGGCGUUUCGAGAAUCCCUAUUUGAUGCCAUGGCCGACGAUGAAGGUGCCGCAUAUUGGGAGGGCGUAUAUGGCCAACCCGUCCACGUUUAUUCCAACGAGCGUGUAGGACCUACAGGACACCUAGAGCAGAUGACCGAUGAAGAGUAUGCAGCCUAUGUAAGGCAGAAAAUGUGGGAAAAGACGCACGCUGGUCUGCUUGAAGAGCGCGCUCGUCGUGAGGAAGCAAAGAAACGCAAAGCUGAAGAGGAUCGCCACGCGCAGAAACUGCAAGAGGACAUGGACCGGAGCAUACGUCGUGGCGAAGAGCGUAGAGAACGUCGACGCUGGGCACAGCGAUGGGAAGACUACACAACCGCUUGGACAGAAUGGGACGGCACACCUGUAACGAUAGCUUGGCCAGUGGAAGGCGGUCAGCUGGAAGACAUUGAAGAGGCGACAGUGCGCAAGUUCUUUGUCAAUGGAUUGAAUCCACAAGAUAUCGGGGAGAAGGCCUUCGUAGCUAAGCUCCGGGAAGAGCGUGUACGAUGGCAUCCGGACAAGAUCCAACAAAAACUGGGAGGAGAGGUGGACAGUGCUACCAUGAAGGGCGUAACCGCCGUAUUCCAAAUCAUUGAUAAGCUCUGGACGGACAGUCGUCCGAGGACGUAA